UUUUCAACCCAAAUCUGUUUUAGCCUUCUCUGUACCACUCAUUCUCGUUUGACUGUGCUGUACCCACAAUGCCCAUCGGUCUAUCAGAUUUCCCAGAGAGUCUUUGGGUUUGAAAGCGAUUUGGAUUGUUCUGCAGCCACACACACGGAGGAACUAGGUAUUUGGACCUUAAACGAGAUAUGCCUCCAAAGAAACCAGCGCCAGCAACUAGUAAGAAAACAGAUCAGAAGAAGAAGGAAAAAAUUAUUGAGGAUAAGACUUUUGGUUUGAAGAACAAAAAGGGAGCCAAACAACAGAAAUUUAUAAAAAAUGUGGCACAGCAAACCCGCCAGGCUGGUGAAGGAGAUAAGAACAAGAAGACAGAUAAGAAAAAGGAACUGUCAGAGUUAAAUGAACUCUUCAAACCAGUGGUUGCUGCUCAGAAAGUCAGUAAAGGUGUCGACCCCAAGUCAGUGGUGUGUGCUUUCUUCAAACAAGGACAAUGCACUAAGGGAGACAAGUGCAAGUUUUCACAUGACCUGUCAUUGGAAAGGAAAUGUGAAAAGCGCAGUGUUUACUUUGAUGGCAGAGAUGAAGAUCUUGAGAAAGAUACAAUGGACAAUUGGGAUGAAAAGAAGCUGGAAGAGGUUGUAAACAAGAAACACGGAGAGGCAGACAAAAAGAAGCUGAAAACUCAAAUUGUAUGCCGAUACUUUCUUGACGCUAUUGAAAAUAACAAAUAUGGCUGGUUUUGGGUGUGUCCCGGUGGAGGUGACGUUUGCAUGUACCGCCAUGCCCUUCCAUCUGGCUUCGUACUGAAGAAAGACAAAAAGAAGGAAGAGAUAGAAGAAGAAAUAUCAAUGGAAGAACUCAUAGAAAAAGAGAGAUCUGCCUUGGGACCAAAUGUUACCAGGGUUACUCUCGAAACAUUCUUGUCCUGGAAGAAAAGAAAGAGGGAAGACAAGAUUAGUAAAGCUGAGGUUGAAAUGGAGAAAAGAAGAGCUGACUUCACAGCAGGAAGAUCAUUUGGGGUCAGUGGUCGUGAAGUGUUUCAGUUCCGACCCGAGUUGGUGGAUGAUGAUGACGAAGAAGCUGAUGACUCUAAAUAUGUCCAAAACAAGGAUGAUAAUGAUGAUGAGUUUGAAGAUUCUGUGCAAGUCAAUGAGAUUGAUCUGGCACGGUUUGUUCCGAAGGAAGUAGAGUACGCUGGCAUCACAGUAGCUGGCACUGACAGAUUUACCGCAACGGAUGCCAGUAAAAUAAGUGGGGCAUCGGGAGGUGCUGAAGCAAAUGGGGAGCACAGUGAAGGGGAGACUCAGGAAGAUGAGGAGAUUGAAGCGGUUCCUGUUGAUGAGAAUCUUUUCACGGGGGAGGAUCUAGAUGAACUUGAAGAAGAACUAAACACACUGGAUCUGGAAGAAUAAUACCAGGACUGCACCCUGCAAUAUUUCAUGGAAACACAAGGCCUGAACUAAGUGACAAUGUUUCACAUUAAAUAUCUUCAUGUUUGAAAUGUGCAGUUCUCUGCCCCAUUGCUCCUGUGAGGUACAGGAUAAACAGGAGUGUUAGAUACUGAUCACCUCCUGAGAUUCUAGUCUUUUUGGCCCCUACUGCACAUUAGAGCUAAGAAUUGUGGGUAUUUAAUAAUAAUUAUUAUAUAUAUAAUUUCUUUUUUUUUUUUUGGCGUACCAUUAAAGGUCAAGUGUUGUCACAUAUUUGACCAUCUUUAUCAAUUAAAAAAAAAAAAUCAAAAAUACGUGCUUAGGAAUGAUUGUUUUAAUUCACAUGUUGAAAGAUUUGUCAUUUAAAAGGCACUUUUUAAGAAUUGCAGAAGAGAUACAUUUGGAUGAACUAAUUUGGGAACAAGAUAUUUACUCAUUCUUUAUCAGAAGCCACUUCCUUAUGGAAGAAAUUCAAAAGUUGUUUGUUUUGACAACACUUUCAAGUGUCUAUGUUAUGUUAGCAAAAUGGGUUAAACUUACUGUAAUACAUUAUCCAAGAUCUGUACUAAAAACUUAAGUGUGAGGAUGCUGUGUUAUAGAAUGUAAUAUAAAUCCAGCAAUGUUAUACUAAUGGUGCAGAUUUGCUAACAUGAAAUUGAUGCCUAAUUAUGGAAGCCAAAGAAUUAUUUAUGAUGGAUAAUUAAUUAGUAUUUCAGACCUUUAUGAUCUAUAAAAAUUAAGUCAUUUGUAUACCUGUAUCAGGGAGAGAUUUGAAGCUACUUGCAUCAUCUAAGAGUAGAAUAUAGUUUUAGUACAAAAUAGUAGGUUUGGAGGGAAAUGUGUAUGAACAUCAUAUGAAUCCUAAAAAUACUUAGUAAUGAAAGGGAACAUACAGGCCAUACUUGCUCAGCUUUGAAUGAUCUUCAAUAACAGAUCCUGAAUACACCAAGUUAUUUUUAAAACAGGUGUAAAAUGAGCAGUUUUUUUUUUUUUUUUUAAUCUGGCAUAUGCCCCCCCCCCCCCCCCCCCAAAUUAAAUUGUUUUAAAUUUCCCAUCCAUAUUUAUGCCAUGUUAUGUUGUAAAUAAAAAUGAUCAGAUUUAAAGCAAUUUUGUUUUAAAAUAAGUAUCUCUGAUGGAACUUAAUCUGUGGAAAAGGGGGUACAACAUCACCAUAACUGCAUAUUAAUAAUCUUCUUUGUUGUCUAGCACUGUUAAAGAGUAAGUAGCGGAGUUCCAAAAAAUAAAGCGUUAGACACCCUGUAGUUUUUCUUUUCAUUAACAUUCUGACAACUUUUUACACUUACAACUUUAAAGAAUGCUUAAAAGCGCUUUUCAAAAUGGCUGCUCUAGUGCACUGGGGGUUGAGAUCUGUCCUCUAAAUCACUGCAGGAAGAGUGAUUUUUAAAAAAAGUGCUCACAUCAUGGAUCCUUAUUGCUGUGUUACCUGAUUGAUAAUGUGGACAAUAAUGCUUGCACUAUCAUGCACUAGAGCAGACAUUUUUAAAGGGUUUUGAAACAGACUUUAAAGUUAUAAGUAAAAAAUUGUCAGGAUGUUAACAAUGAAAAGAAAUGACAGAUACUUCUUUAAACAGUUGUAGCAACAUGUGGGGACGUGUAACGCUAUAUUUUUUGGAACACGCAACUUACUCUUUAAAGGUACUGCAAAGUAAUAUUCUGAAAUAUACAUUAACACAUUGAUAAAGAAGGAUCAGUUGGCGGCUGCUGUUAAUUCAGUGGGACUAAACAGCUGACUUUUUAACACAAGUAUGUGUGCCGUCAUAAACGCUAACCUGUCCUUACAAAUGUGAUUUAUUUUUAAAGUAAAAAGUUAAUCUCACUAAUUAGAUUGUAAAGUUCAGUUGGAUAUAUGUCAUUUAUUUAUUUUGCAUCUAAUUCUUUUGAGACUUGGUAUGGACAUUCAUGGACAGGGUAUAGCACCUGAUGACCUACUUCAUCUUACAUGUUGACUUGUAAUUUGUAGUGCUAAUCGGUUAUGUUUUUGGAACUUGCUUGAUUUUUCUUGACCAUGAAUCAUGAUAAUCCUGUGAAAGAUUGCUUCAGUGGGUUUAGCUAACAUUGAGGUGAGAUUUACUUUCACUAAAUGUAGUACGAAGAAGCAAACAGAGGCAAGCUCCUUACCUUAUGGUUAAUUGUACAAUAUAGAACACAGGACAGCAAGACUAUGGUGGUAGGUUUUGUUGGUUAUUGUAUACAGUUCAUUAGCUGCUGUGGUGCACAUGGACACAAGGGGGCAAUCAAAGGCCAUUGGAAGAUAGUGUUGAAUUAAGGGUGGGGGCAUAACAAUCUACUGAGGAUUUAUUUUUUAUUUAAUCCUCUGCUUGGGCUGAAAUCAUUUGUAAAGGGGACACUUGGUAUGAGCAUUUUAAGUUAUUGAGUAUCAGAUUCUGAUAUAUGGCAAGGGGGGGGUCUAUCUGUGUGUCACACCUUAAUUUUUGCUUAUACAAUAUCUGGACAAUUCAUCAAAUUGUGAUUAAACAUGUAAUAGCUAAUUCUUCUAUUAUUGUUGAUGCAUGUCAUGGUCCUCAACCUUUUCAUCAGCUCUAAUUGUAUAUUUGCAUUUGUAGCGGGAUGUUUGUUACUGACAUUAGUGUUUUUUAUUUAGGCCUGGUGUAAACGCUACACUAGUUUGAGUAACUGGUUGAAAUAUUAUGACGUGGUCCCUAUUUGACAACCUGACAUUUUUCUAAUAUUGGGUAGGUUCACAGGUUCAAAUGUAUAAUAAAAAUGCUGUAUUUAAUGUAUCUGGUGAAAACAAGUUGAAUGUCUGCAUUAACAGUUUAAUUUGUGUGAUGUAGGUUCUGUUUUGGUAACAAGAUGUUUCUCCAUAUCUGAUGAAUAAAAUGAAUACAGGGAUGUCAAACAAGUGAAAAUACAACAGUCAGAUAUAUUGGUGAUUCUGGCUGCAGGAUAGAUAUAUAUAAGUGCUCAGGCUUUUCCUAGUUUAGAUGACCUUCGCAAACUUUCAAUAGGGAAGCUCUACAAAAUAUACUUAAAAUAUUAAAUAUUGUUACAAAACUUG